AUGAGGCUCCAAAACAUUUGCCUGCUCGUUGCUGCGGCAGGGUCUCGAGCUGCCCGGUACAGCCUCAAUGAUGCUCUCGUCACUGCCAACGAACCGUUUCCCGAGGCAUUUGUCAGCUACUCGAUCGAGUUCUCCUCGUUCCCUGACUUUGCUGGCAACGACUCCAAGCCCAACACGUUUUCGGACAACCUUCUCAACAACAUUGGCAACCUGACCGGUACCAAGCCUUAUAUUCGCGUGGGCGGCAACACGCAGGACUACGCCCUGUAUAACGCCUCCCUCCCCUACGCGUUAAACGGCACCUUCGACUACGCCAAGUCUUCUGAUUACCCCACCACCAUCUUCAUCGGUCCCUCAUACUUUGAGUCGUACGCACAGUGGCCCGGUGUGAAGUUCUCCCACGGAUUCAACCUGGCCCUCGGCGGCAACAACUCUGCCGGCUGGCAAACGCUGCUUGACACGGUCCCGCUGGCAUGCCAGGCCCUGAGCAAUGGCAAGCUAAACAUGUGGGAGUACGGAAACGAGCCUGACCUCUACUCGACCUCGUCCCAGGGUGCCGUCCGUCCGGCUGGGUGGAAUGAGAGCUGGUACGUCGCCGAAUGGCUCAAUGGGACGCUUCAGAUUAGGGCCUCGCUUGAGGAGAGCUGCCCUGACCUUCUGGAGAAUGACACCUAUGGGUACUUUGCGCCCUCGUUUGCUGGGGUCAACAAUACCCUCAAACUGCCUGCGACCUGGGCGGCUGGACUGGACACAGACGAAGACAUCAAGCUUGUCUCGACUCACAACUACAUCUCGGGCGCAACCACACCCGGUGUGACCCUUCAAGGAACACUCCUGAAUCACUCAGUGACUGCGGCAUCAGUCGACGCCCACAUCGCUGAAUACGAUCAGAUCUGGGCGAACGGCAGUGGUGUACCGCUGAUCUUUGGCGAGACUAACUCUCUUUAUAAUGAAGGAAAGCCUGGCUUGUCCAACACGUUUGGCGCUGCUCUCUGGGGGGUGGAUUUCAACCUGUAUUCCGCAUCGGUAGGAAUCAAGCGUGUACACAUGCACAUGGGCACAAACUACAGAUACGCCUCCUGGCAGCCAAUAGAGACCGUCAACGCCACAAUUGGGACCAAGCCGCCAUACUACGGAAACAUAGCUGUUGCUGCAUUCCUAGGAAAUACCCUUGAGAACCCCGUGUCCAUCGCCAACGUGCCACUCUCCGACAACGCCGAAGCCGCCUACACAGCUUACUCCACCGCCGACUCCAGCCUCAUCCGUGCCAUGAUCAUCAACAUGAACACCUACAACACCACCGUGAACGGCACGGGACUCGGUGUGGCCGCCAACAUCACCACACGGACCUCUCGAAUAUACACCUUUGACGUGUCCGGCGGGAGCCUCCAGCCGGGCGACCCAGUCGGGGUGCAGAGGCUCAGCGCCAACGGCAGCGACGCCAUCAGCGGGAUCACGUGGGAUGGGUAUAGCUACAACUACGAGCUGGACGAGGGCAGGCCUGUGAGGCUGGAAAAUGUCACCGUGGGCGAGUACGUGGUUGUCAGCGAGAACUCGACGGUUGCGGUGAGCGUGCCGGACUCGAGUGCUGCCGUGUUGAACUUUGUGGGAAACGUCAGUACGGUGAUCAACGUGACUCAUAGCAGCAGCCCAUAA